AUGGCCGGUUGUUUCGCGCCUAACCCUAAGACCGCGAUGGAGGCUGGUCCUCUCCUCUUCGUUCCACAGAUACUCUUUGCUGGCUUCUUUGUUGAUCUAAGUGAGGUACCAGCCUUCCUACGAUGGGUGCAGUAUCUCUGCUCGUUGAAGUAUGCUAUGAAUUUACUAUUCCUUGCAGAGUUCUCAGAUCAGCCUGGGGGAGAAGUAGUGUUAGAAGCCAACGACGUCGAGGAGGACCUCAAAUGGGCAUACAUUCUAUUGCUAUUAGCCCUACUUAUAACAUUCCGCCUCAUUGGCUUGAUUGGUCUUACACGAAAGGCCAUCACGGUGUAUUGA